AUGGACGAAUUCAGUAGUAGUAAUACUACACAGCACCAAAAAUCACCUUCACCUUCUCUCACUUCUCCUACCCUUCACCCCAAAGCCGAUAUCGAAUUCUACACCAAGCCUUUCCUCUGGAAUACAAGCAAUUUCACCAAAGGUUUCAACAUCGACACCAAUCAAUUCCGAGAGAUAGAGGAGUGGGUUAUAGAUCUCUUACUUCUAGACGGUUUAUACGCAAAGGAAAUAGAUUCAGAGGUGCAAUGGAAACUCAUGCAAAUCGGAGAGGCUCUCACGGCUCAGUUUCCCUGCCUUACAAAGGUGGGAAUCCCGGAAUUCUGGUCGGUGGAUGCUAGGAGGGCUUUGGUGAAAAGUACGAGGAAGGGGAUGAGAAUAGCGGGGGAGAAACUCGGGGCCCAGAUCGAGCGGAAAAAGAAAACGGUUCGGAAGGAUAAAGGGCUUUCUAAAGUACCAAAGGUACAAAAGGCACCAAAACCCCGAAAAAUCAACCGAUUAAAGCGUAAAACUCGAGCCGAAGACCUUGAUUACAAUGAGGACGACGAUAGUGAGGAUAGGGAGGGAAGGGAGAACGAUACACCAGCUACAAAGAAGAAAAGGGUCCUCGCAAGGAUGGAAAAGGCAAAAGAACACGCUGUUACACCUGUUUGUGAGGGCUUUCAAGUCUUACGACCCUAUAAACAGUGUUCUUUUGUUAUCAAGGUACUCGGGGCUCCGGAAAUGGUUCAAAAAAUCUCUCUUAAAGACCUUAUCGAGCCGGAAAACCUCCCUAGGGAAUUAGAGGAUAUCGACCCAGAUUUCUUGAGUUUCGGCAUUCUAAUAAGUAAUCUUCAACAAUCCUGGCUUGUUUCCUCCCUAGGAGAUCGCCUCUGCUAUCGUACUCUCGGAGAAGGCACUUAUCCCAUUAUUAUAGCCUCGAAUACGGAUCUCAAGAAUGCUGCUAUCUCUUUACGUACUAUCGGAGCAUCCAAGUUGAAUUUAGAGGUGGUACCAGCUGGAAUACCUACUUUCCCUACCGUAAGUACCUAAAAUCCCUCUUUUCUAUGCUUAACUAACAUUUCCAGCCUCCUCUACAAAACGAAACACACUUCCCUACCCAAGGACCCACGCAAAGUACCUACCACACCUCUCACGCCUCUGAAACCACCUUUCCCUACUACUUCUCACCCGAAAACAACGGAGAAAACGAGUCUACUACACAAAAUCACCCUUUCCAACCUGAAAUCCCCGAGUUUCUAGCUGAAAUAGACUUUGAUAUCUUCGAAACCCCUUUUCAAGAUGUACCGCCUACCUUUCCCAGUUCUGAGUAUGCGCAAAAUAGCGAAUUUGAUGUCGAAAAGUACCUCCAGGGGGCGAUUCGAUGGGAGGAAGAAUGA